AUGAGUAACUAUUCCGCUGAGUUUGAAGCCGGCGUCAAGCAAAUUCAAGAAAUGGGGUUUGCUCGCGAAGCUGCGGUUGAGGCUCUUAAGUACGCCAACAAUGAUAUUUGCAAAGCAAUGGACUACAUUUUCAAUCCCCCAAUAGUUAUAGAACCGGCCUUAUCAGCACCAGUCACUUCUAGAUCUUCUACUGUUGCUGACUCUAGUCUUAGUAGUGGAACAGUCGUUGGUCCUGACUCUGCAGGUAGUACUCAGCGCUUGGUCGAUGUAGACGGCGACAUUAAUGCUGAUGAUGACGAUAACAGUAGCUAUUCCAAUUUGCAGCGCGCUAUUGAGGAGUCUAUGCAAUCUUAUAAUAGCGGUUCGGGUUACACAGCUGUCGAUUCACAAGAUUUCCUUAGCCGACGAGAAAACCAAGACAAUGGUGUUUUUUCUAUUGACGGACCCACAAAUACCCAAUCGUCGUCAGAAACAAAGCAGAGUAAUCCAAACCAAUCAGGAUUAUUAUUCUCAGCGACGGACAAUACCCCAACAGCAAAAUCUACUCCACCCGCGCCGCCAGCAUCUCCAGGAGUCACAACCGGCUCUCUUUUACCUCAUUCACUUCCUUCACGAAAUACACCUUAUGAAUACAACCAGCCCACAUAUACGAGCAGCAACAAGUUUGGACCAGCUACUCGUGAUAACUAUGAAGAAAAUAAGUGGGGGAUUGUGCCUGCUGGAAGCAAUUCGAAUUCUCAGUUAGUGACUUCCGAAAAAUCCUUAACAAAUUUCUCUGAUGAACCUCCACGGUUCCGCAAAAAUGAUGAAUUUCCUUUACUUAUUCCUAAUGCUGCUGGUGUUUACAUGGCUCCACUUCUUGUCAUUCUACAAAAAAUUCCCUUGGCUCGACAGGCCCUCCUAAACGAUUUUAAAGAUAUUACCCCAGAUUUUGGCUUUGAUAAUGACUGGUGGAAGGGCGAAAUCAUCAACACAAAGUCACUUUUAACACCUGACAUUGCAUAUUCGGCCAAAGCUCUUCUCAUGCUCGAAACUCAGCGUUUAAUUGCAUUCUUGGAGGGCUCUUCUAGACGCCCCUUUGCCAGCAUUAAUAAUCUUACCAAACGUAUUUUUUUCGACUCUGUUCCAGCUCUUCGUGGUGAUUCUUCAAUGAACCACCCAGUAGGCCAGAUUUUAUUUGAUCUAUUGCAAUACAGUGACAAACAGCCCCUACUCUCUACAGCUUUUGCCACUAUUCCUACACAGAGCCCCACUGACUCUGAUACCUCCAUAACUACAACAGAGUACCCGCCAGAAAAGCCUUUUGCCAAUUUUGUCAUUGAUGUUUCGGCUGCCCUUGAAAAUGAUACUCUUUAUGAUCUUGUUGAUGAGCUUAUUUGGGGUGUCACCGAACCACCUUCAUCUUACCUUUCGCACAUUUCCGAUAUUAUCACCAUCACACUGAAACGUGAAGACACAAGAAUUGGUGCUGGCAUUGAGAUUCCGCUGACUUUUUACCCGGACCGCUACACGAAGCCACUUAUUCCCUAUAUGCGCAAGUUGUUUGACUUAAGCAAAAAGAGUCGCAACGCCAUCUCUACAUUGACACGCAAGAAGUUUGACAUGUCGGCAUUCCGGUCUCGCGACACGUCAAAAAUUCUUAAUCUUACAGCCAAGUACUUGCGUGACUUGGAGUCAAGCAAAUUAAAGGAGGAUCACAUCCAAUCUGCAAUUGUGAAUGGCAAAGAAGUUGAUCUUAAAUUUGAUCUAGAAGGAUUAAGUAAUGCUGCUUUGGAAAUUGAAAACGCAAGCACCGAGUUUAAUGCUAAGAAGCAAGCUCUUCUGGAGGAAACACAGUACCAUCAACACCUUAUCAAGCUUCAAAAGGCACUUUUCAAGGGAAGUGAUGACGACAAAGAAACACUCAAGGUUGUGUUUGGUGGCAUUCCAAAUCAUGUAAACAAUAAAGGAGAUUCUAACUCCUCUUCAGAGUCUUCCACUCCUGUCAUCGAUGAUAAUACCGAAACCAUUGCAGCAGCAGCAGCAGGCUUGUCGCUAGAUCCUCCUGCACUCCGAAUGUAUCGCCUAAGCGGAAUUAUCAUGAGCCCUACUGAGUACUUUUUCUGUGUCAAGACACGGCCACACUGUGACGAGAUUCCUGAUCUCAUUAUGGCUGACGAGGACGAAGAUGAAGAUCUUGAGGACAUGGAUGAUUUGGAUCACACCCACAACACAAGUAGCAACAAUCCAUUCCGUCGAUCGAAUGUUGCUUCUACUGAUGCUACUAACGACGACUUGAUGCUUAUGGAUGACAGCGGCGCCGAGUCAGCAGCUUCUACUGCAGCAGUAUCUUCAGACAGCACACAAACUGCAGUGAGUUUAUCGCAAAACGAUUACGAGUGGUACCAUGUGUAUGACACUAGUCCUGGUCCUAAAUCUAAUUUGGCUGGCGUGCCAAACGUCUCGCGCAUUGGAGUUCCUGAGAUGCUUGAUAUUGUGAAGCGGGGUUCUACACGCUCGGAUGCCGUAGGAACUGUUUUGAUUUAUGCCACAGAAGACGUGGCAUGGGCAGGAACUACACUGAAUCGAAAUCUGCCUGCUGGGCUAGCUGAGUUUUUAGAGCGGGAUCGGCGUUCGCUCAUUGCACAGAUGCAGCAACAGGCUAACCGAGACAACAUGGCAAGCCGAGCUGCAACCCAGAGCAUUGAAGGCGAAGUAAGCACCCCGAGCAGCAAUAGCACUGGGACCAGCCACCAUUUUGGAACUCUUUCCAGAGUUUCUGAAGACUCUUCCGAUGAGUUUUGCGGUAAAGCUGUGUCGCCAUCGGCGCAUCAUGAUCUGAUUGACAUGAACGAGGAUGAGCAUGUGGAAUAUCUAGAAGGCCACGAGGUUGUGCCCGAGGUUUCUACUGGAGUUACUUCCUCAGUGUCUUCGUUUUCUAGUAACAAUCCGUUUUUGAGACAGAGUUCUGGGUUGAACGAUGAGGAUAACAAGAAAGAUUAG